AUCUCUCUCUAUCUGUCUUUCUCGCGUGCGCGACUUGCGCCGUCCCUCUGCAGAAGCUAUAGUGUGUGCAUGUGUGUGUGUGUGCAAGAGACCUGCGAGCUGCGAGCAGCAGUCAAUCGAUGAUCGAAGCCAGCGUGUAAUCGCUUUCGCGGAAAGCAGUCUACUCCCAGCCAGUGCAGUGUAGCUCAUCCGCGCGCGAAGUAUCAUCACCGGAAGCUGCUGGUCAUCGUCGUCGCGGAGAAUACCUACGUCUUAUUAUAUACAACCUACCUCCUAUUCUCUCGUCGUCUAUCUCUCUCUUUCUCGCGCGCGCGCGCGUGUUUGUGUGUGUGCGUGUGUGUGUGUGUGUGUUACAUACGCGAGUGUUGUCUCCCUCUGUAUCUCCGUGGUGCGCGAGACGAGCAGUUAUAGAAAGAGCACCCGCGGCUAUUUUUUGCGGAUUGACUCCGGCGCAAGAUGAAGCUGCUCUGCGUUGUUUUGCCGCCGCUGCUCUGAACGGGGGGCGGCUUGAGCUCUCGACGCCGAGAGAGUGCUGAGGACCCCGAGAGAUAGCUACUCAUACUCACCCCUUUUUUGUCCGAGAGGAGCCGCACUGAGAGUUUUGGCAGGCUAUUCAGCAUCCGUAUGUACAAGUGAGAGGGAGCAGAUUUUCAAUUUUCAACCGAUCUAAACGUGGAAGCCUACAUGGAUACACAUCGUCGGGAUGAAAUUUCUUCGAUAGUGCACUGUAGGGCUUUGAUUACUCCAUUUUCAUAUGUUAGAUUCAACGGAGCAUUGUCCUUAGAAACGUGAUAAAUCAUAUGAGCACUAAUAGGCAUGUGAAAAAGUUUAGCUAUAUUGGAUACUGUACAGUAAAACAACAUGACAGUAGCAGCCAACUUAGGCAAAUCCAUUGUUGCUGGAUCUGUACAUUUAUUGUAAGAAAUCUUAGAUUGUACAUCUAUAACCGCAAUCAUGAAAAAAGGGGCAAACGCAGGGAUCAGGAUGAAUUCCUUGCAUGUAGCCAAGGCAAAAUUGAAAACCAUGGAUGGUAAUAACAAGCUUAUGCCAAACUCUAAUGGUGGGUAUAAAGGAACCGAAAUGUACACAACAGAGUUUGAAAUAAAUGAAACUCCACCUAGUGCACGCACCUUGUUAACAAAGGGUUACAUACAAGAUGAGAUUAAUUCUUUCUCAGGUGCCACUGUAUCUACUCGUGGACGUUUUAUGACUGAACAAGAAAAAGCUCGUUGUCCUCAUGAACGUCCUCUUUAUUUGUAUAUACAAGGACAUACUAAACAUAAUAUUGAUUUGGCUGUACAAAAAAUUAAUGAUAUAAUUAAGACCGAGCAUAGGAGUUCUUUAAAUAGACCAAGCCGUUUUACAAAUGCGCCACCACCAUUAAUGAGUUUACAUUCAGGAGUACCAUCCGUUGAGAAAAUUUGCGUGGGUAUCGAGAAUGCGCCACAAGGUUUUGAUUUACGAGGCCGCAUUGUCGGAGCAGGAGGUGCAAAUUUAUUGUACAUUAGAGGAGAAACUGGUGCUACGGUAACGCUGCGAGGUCGAGGUUCUCAAUUUGUUGAUCCGGCUUUAGGAACAGAAUCACCAGAGCCUCUUCAUCUAUGCAUAGAGCAUCCAAAUCCUGUAGCGCUGCAAAAUGCGAAACAGUUAGCAAUCAAUUUAAUACAAACUAUGCAGUCAGAGUUACAGUCUUACAUACAACAGCAGCCUCCACCAGUUCAAUCACAGCAAGUGAUUCAACAACCAUCAAUGCAACAAAUACAACAAGCGCAAUUUCAAACUAUGAAUAUUGGUACAUUAGGUCAGCCAAACGUUGUUACGAUUCAUCAAGAUAUGAUACAGCAUCCUCAAAGCAGUGUGGUAUCACUACCAGCUACAAUAAUUACAGCCACAGUAGCUGGUGGACCAGGUCCAGGACAUCCCAUACCGACUGGAGUUCACGUUCCAGCUCCACAGGGGCCAAUGCCACCGACGGAUCAACCUCAAGUGCAGCUAAUUGGUCCGCCGCCCGGAAUGAAUCAAGUUCAAUAUCAAAUACAUCCCGGCCAACAACUGCAGAUCCAAGGAAUGCCACCUCCGGGCUCGCAAAAUUCUCCGCAACCCAUGACCCAGAUGUAUGUUAUGAGCCAACCGCCGCCUCAGCAAAAUUUUAUGAGCAGCAGUGCGCCCAUCAACGGAGCCGUUUCAUAUGUAUAUACUCAACCUAGGCCUACAACACCGUCUCAAAGCAUGAUCGAAGCCGUCAACGUUAAUUUGCAACAACCUCCACCUUCAGGUCCAAUGAACAUGAAUCAGCAACCACCACCACCCCCAUCUUUAAUGCACAUGCAUUUCCCACCCCCGUUUCCACCAAAUCAGCCACCGCCGCCCAUCUCACAGACUUACCAGAUUCAGUAUCAUCAGCCAGUGCAGACAACUGUAGCCCAAGGCCAGACCCAGUUUGUUAUUCAGCACGGUGGCGAACAUGGUGCACCACCUCCGCAACAGAUGCAGCAAAAUCAUGAGCCGCCUCCCCAGGGAAUGGCGCCUCCACCUCCACAGCAUAUGCCACCACAGUUUGACGGACAGCCGCCGCCUCAGAUGCAGAUUCAUGGACCGCCACCCGUGUCACAGGGCUACAUGGUUCCGACUUCGCAAGCGAUGCCUGAUCACAAUCCGCCGCUACCUCCGCCAGGAAGCGAAAUGCAACAUCCGCCCGAUGGUCCAGUGGAUCCAGGAAUGCCACCGCAGCCAGUUCCUCCUCCACAGAUGGUUCCGCCACCAUCUGUUAAUCAAAUUCAACAUUCCAUGAACAUAUUAACAAGCGUACCUCCGCCAUCUCAUCCGCCUCCGCAGGCAGCUCCAUGGCUAUAUCAAGGUCAACCAAUGCCGCAACCACCUCAAGGUCAAAUACAGGUACAAAUGCCGCCUACAUCUGUACCACAUCACGGAGUGCCACCUCCGGAAAUGCAGCCUCAACUACAGUAUCAUCCGCAACAAGUUCACUAUCAAAACGGCCAAAUGCAGUCGCAAAUGCAUUAUCCCGUCCAACCGCCGCAACCUCAGCCACAUUUUGAUCAAACUUCUGACAUACCUGAUCAUCACAAAGGGCAGGGUGUAAAAAGAAGAUUUUCGGACGUCGAUGGAGCACCAGAGCCUCUGAUGCAUCAAAUGAAUAGACCGCCUACGCAACGCCAUGGUACUGGCAGAGAUGCUGGCGAGCAGCAACAGCAGCAGCAGCAACAACAGCAGCACCUGAUGCACGGACCACCAGGAGCUGGCGCGACACUUCCACCGGGCGAACGCGCCGGCGGCGGCAAGCAGCUGCUAAUGCCACCUCCGUAUCCAGAUGAACGGCGCAACAUGGGCCAGCAGUUUGCUGGACAUAAUCCAGGAUGUGAGCAGCCGAUGAACGGCGAACAUGGCAGAAACGUCGGACCAGGGCCGCCUCCACCGCCACCGGUUUCCCAUCCGAUGGGUCUACAACCGGGUGGACAGACACCCUGGCAGGGGCAUUACGCCCGAUAUCCGCCCAACAGGCCACCUCCGAUGCCUCGCGAGGGUGAGCAGCAUCACAUGCCCUAUCACGGCGCGCCUCCACCACCCAUCAAUAUGCCUCCGCCGCAGAUGAGACUUGUUCAGGGGGCCGAUGGGAGUCGAUCACCUAGUCAAAGCGCGCUGCCAGAUCAUCCGGUGAGCGCGGGCUUGGAGUACAACCACAUGCAGCCGCCGUACACCACGAUGAAGCCACCGGCACCACCUCCUCCGCCAUCGGCAAUUCCUUUAGUGCAGUCAAUCUGUAAUCCACCGCCACCUCCGCCGUCGCCACCUACCUACACACAAUCGCGACAACAGCAGCAGGGUGGACCUCGAGGACCUCCCAUGCAGCGCUACCAUAAUCAUCAUCACCCGCACCAUCAUCACCAACCGCAGCAUCAUCACCAUCCGCAUCACCACCAUCAGGUGCCGGUCUCGCAGUCACCGCCCACUUCUGCGCCGCCCUGGAUGAAUUAACUAUCGCGACGACGGGCCAGACAAGGUCGCGUUCGGCCGGGGAUUCCAUUUUGCUCUCGACGGAGUUGCUGAUCUUAGUUUGCUGCUCCAAAGUGAUGAGAUAUCCUAAUCUGACAAAGCAAGGAUUUGAAGCAAUGAAUACGCGACAAUCUUCGUACUGUUUGCGUUGGUUUAGAACAAAAAAUCUAGCACUUUUAGAUUUGUAACUUUUAUUGUUCGGUAUUUAACCCGAGCAUUUGUGACACACAAAACUGCAUCAAAGGUUUCUGACUUUAGUUAUUAGAUUUCGUUAGAGAUUGUUAUUUAGGAAUACACUUGAUUGGUAAUUAUGGGGACGAGUGAAAUUUGUUGAUUUUUGUUUUAAGUACUAGUCGCAAGAAACAAACGUAAAAUGUGAGAAGGACCCCAAUGUUGGGUGAUGUAGGUACUUAAAGAAUGAUUGAGUGAAUUGCUGUUUUUUCUUUUUUUUAAUAAUACGCUUCUUGUACUAAAAAUCAGUAGUUUUCUUCUUACUUUGUUAAAGUUUUGAUUGUUUAAAAACGAGACUUUGUAUUAUUCUUCGAUGAUAAUGAAUCAUUUUAGAACGCUAUUGCCUGUACAUAAAACUAAUGCUCAAACUAGCUGUUAAAUCAAAAAAUCCUAUUGUAUUUUAAGGACACAAAGUGUUGAGAAUCAAUACUUUUCCAAUCCGACAAAGUUGCAAUAAAUAUAGAAGUGUAGUUUACGUGCAUAAAACUAUGUGCAAUAUUCUGCAUGUUUAAUGAGCAUAUUUAAUAAAAGUUAACUCGUUAAUAGUCCAAUGAAGAGUCAAAAAUAAAAAUAGACUAGAUAUUCAUACAUUCUAAAACCUAGAAGUGUCAAGGUCUGUCGUACCCAUUUUUCUUAGAUCGUUUCACUCGGCAGAAAAUCUGUUAUACCCUUAUUUUGAUAAAUAAACUCGUACAUUAUUUUGAAUAUAAUAGAUACAAUAUUUUUAGUUUCCAUGAAACAUGAAAGUUUUUGAGCUUACUCGCAUUCAAUGAAGGUUAUUUUUGAGAAACGGAAACAGCACUUUAUGAGAAAAUGUCCUUACGAGAUAAUAUAAUGUAAAGACCAAGUAUUUUAAGAAAUAGUAGUUAAGUAAUUUAUUCAACCAAUCUUUGAGUUUUCUGUAACCCAUAUUUUGCUGUCCGAAUUUAUUACCUUGAUUCUUGAAUAAGUAUGAAGUCUCGUUUUUAAAGCAUUUACUCUAACUAUUGUUUAAAAAACAAGUAAUUCGAUAAAUUCGUUGUUUAAAAAAUGAUAGGAGUAACAGAAAUAUCACGAAGCUUUAAAAAUUAUUAAAGCACGGACACUUACGUGUAUUGUGAAGUAAUUUUAAAUUAGUGAAUAACAAAUAAGGAUUAUUACAGUCGUAUCCUUUCAUUGGUUAAUGAUAUGAAGACAUAAUGAACUAGAAAAGUAUCAUAGUGCAUCUCAUGAACCGUGUCAAUUUGUUCCAUGCGAUGAUAUUGUCGCUCCACUCGCUAGCUUCAAAAAUGGAUUGUUUAAACGAUAUUUUUUCAUAGAACUAUUUGUAAAUAUGAACAUUAAGAUUUACGGAAGCACUAGUUUUAAGUGAAAUAUCGAAAUCUUUUGGACGUGUCACACUGAAUUUUUGUUUGUUACAUACGAAAGUUACUUCUGUAGAAUAAAACAAGUUCUUUCGGUAUGAUGUGAUAAACGUCGUGACAUUAAUUGAAAAUUGUUCAAUGCAAUGUUACGCAAAGUUGAAAGGAAUCUAAUUAUAACUAAACAAAUUAUCAAGCCAAACUCUAACAAAACUGUUUGUCAUUUUGCUUUUAUAUGAACUGAUCUAGGUAAAAGCAAAAGUAUAGCGUAUGCUAAAGGAGUGUAAUGUUCGUAGAUGGGUUUUAUAUUUAAUGAACCGCUUACUGAUUAUUAUAUUUUUUGUACAUAGAUAAAAAUGACGGCUUAACCGUUGCAGUAAGUGAUAAGCAGAUUCAUUAUGUUGCCAUUAAGCGACGAGAGAAGCUGAACAUAAAAAAAAACUAAUACGUCGAUUCUUUUAACUUGAAGAAAAUUAGAAAGAAUCGAAUUUGUAGAUAAUUACUGAAGAGUUUCGAGUUGCGAAAGUCAGUUUGUAAAUACAAGCUUAGUUUUAAGUUGUUCAUUUAUCAAAAAUACGUAAUCGUAUUCAGUGUUACAUUUUCUUGGAGCGCAGAUUGUGCACUGCCACAGAAAAAACUGAAGUAUGUUUUGGGUGCGACAUUUUAUUUAUUGAUCAACAUAUUGUUAUCGAAUUGUAUUUUAUAUUUCGAUAGUGAAAAAAUUAAAAUAAAAUAAGUAAGUAU